AUGAAUGAGGACGAGAUAGCCGAUAAAGUAUACGAGGAGAGAGAAAGAAUUGUCGAUCUGUACAGAAAUGGACCCGGAGACGGAACGAUCAUAGAUCCUGUUGACGAUCCCACUAUAAAUGACUAUUUCAAGCUUGACAGAUUCGGAUUCAUAGUAGGCGAUGAGUCAAAGUUUAAAAAGGAAGAUCCUCAAGAGAUAAAAAUUGAAGUAAACAGAGAACAAAAAUGGCUAAAAAUGAUCUCCAACUGGGACAGUCUAUCCCGAGACAAACUGAAAAGACGUGUUUACAAAGGCAUUCCAAAUUCAUUACGAGGUAAAGUGUGGGCCAAGCUAUUGGGUGUUGAUCAACUCACAGAUGACCAGAAAAAUAAAUACAAACAUAUGUGUGAGCUGGCAUGGGAACAUUCACCAGAUGUGAGGCAAAUUGAUUUAGAUGUGAAUCGAACAUAUCGAGAACAUAUCAACUUUCGAAAACGAUACAAUUUCAAGCAACAAGAAUUAUUUAACAUACUAUCUGCAUAUAGUAUCUAUAAUUUGGAUAUUGGCUAUACCCAGGGAAUGUCACAAAUUGCGGCAUUACUGUUGAUGUAUUUAAGUGAAGAUGAAGCUUUCUGGGCAUUGUCUACUCUUAUUUCCAAUAGCAAGUAUUAUAUGCAUGGUUUUUUCAUACCUGGUUUUCCUAAGUUAAUACGGUUUCAAGAUCAUCAUGAUAAAAUAAUGAAUAAGUUAUUACCAAAAUUAAAAAAACAUUUGGAUAAAAAUGGAGUUGAAACUGGAUUAUAUACUUUAAAAUGGUUUUUCCAAUGUUUUUUGGACAGAAUACCAUUCAAAUUGACUUUGAGAGUAUGGGAUACAUUUUUACUAGAAGGCGACAAAAUAUUAUCAGCUAUGGCCUAUUGCUUAUUAAAACUACACCGCCACCAGCUAUAUGCUUUAGGAAUGGAUGAUAUACUUAAUUUUUUGCAGGUAAAAUUGGAACAAAAUUAUCAACUUACAGCAGAUUAUACAAUUGAAAAACUUCAAGAAUGUCUUGUUGAAUUGAAAAAAAAUAAACUUGACAAUGCUGGUCAGCCAUCUCAAAAUGAAAAGUUGAAAAGAGAGCUUGGAAUAUUUAAUCCAGAUGAUAUUCCUGUUAGAAAGCCUCAAAUCAAUGGAGUGGGAAAAAUAAGAAAACCCAUUAAUGCCGACCAAAUUCAUAGUUCACCUGAACAGGAUUCACAACGCCAAGGCUCAAUUAUUACAAAUGGUAAAAACAGUUUGGACGAUGUUAGCUCAAUUGUUGGGGACAGUUCUAGACGCUCAUUGCUAGACACUAGUGUUACUUCCGCAGCCACGACAACAGUGUCUCCACAAAGUAUACAAAAUGAUGAUGCUGGAUCGGAUGUUACAUGUGUGAGCCCUCAGCCUGAUGUGCUUCGCAUAUAUGUACCAUAUGAUACUCCAACAAAGAAAUCUCCUACUUCUGUUUCAAACAAAAUUACAACAAUUCAGGUGAUGGACGAGAUGGCCACUCCUACUGUAGAAACAGAUGGUAUGUUUAAAGCGGUGUCUACUAUAAACUAA